GCCCGCCUGCUUCCUGAGUGAAGCAUUGCUCAAAUGCUCACUGCCCAGGCCCCUUGAGUGUGGUUUUCCUCCCUGGCCAGCACCAAACCCCAGAAUAGUGCGGCUGACUUGCUGAUUGAGGUCAGUAGCUCCCGGGAGGCACGAGAAGCCAAAGCCUUUGCAAAAGACGGACUCACUAGGACAAACAUGAGGAGUGCAGCCAAACCCUGGAAUCCGGUCAUCAAAGCGGGCAGCCAUGGGACAGACCGUGCACGGCCCCUCCCUGCGGCCCCUUCAGGCAUGAAGAGUUCGAAAUCUUCCACCUCGCUGGCUUUUGAGUCCCGGCUCAGCAAGCUCAAGAGGGCCAGUAGUGAGGACAUGCUCAACAAACCAGGAAGUACCGCCGCUUCCGGGGUGGUUCGACUGAAAAAGACUUCGACAGCUGGAGCCAUCUCUGAGCUUGCUGAGAGCCGCCUGAGGAGCAACCCAGGGGCUGUGACUACACCCAAACGGACGGGCAUUCCAGCUCCUCGAGAACUUUCAGUAACUGUCUCAAGAGAGAGAACUGUGCCACGCGGUCCCUCCAACCCCAGGAAGUCGGUGUCCAGUCCAGCUUCCUCCAGCACACCCACCCCUACUAAGCACCUGAGGACCACUUCCACGAGACCCAAGCAAGAGCAUGAAGGUGGGGAAAAGGCCGUGCUCGAGUCCCAGGUUCGGGAACUUCUGGCAGAAGCCAAAGCGAAAGAUAGUGAAAUUAACAGGCUUCGAAGUGAACUGAAGAAAUGCAAGGGGAAAAGGACUGCAAGCAUCGAAGGAGCUGAGGCUUCAGACUCCAAUCUAGACGGAACAUCCGCCUCGCCCAGUGACUCAGAACCUUUGAUAAAAGCUCUUGAGGAGAAGAACAAGAAUUUUCAGAAAGAGCUUGCAGAUCUCGAAGAGGAAAACCGGGCCUUGAGGGAGAAACUGACUUACCUGGAGCACUCCCCCAAUUCCGAGGGAGGCGUGAGUCACACCGGUGAGAGCAGCUGCCCAACAUCCAUAACUCAUGAGUCAAGCUUCGGCAGCCCGACUGGAAAUCAGUUGUCAGGUGAAAUCGAGGAAUACAGGAACAACAUACAUGAAAAUGCGUUACGGACGUCAGGCUCUUCAAGCAGCGACGUUACCAAAGCUUCUCUGUCCCCGGAUGCCUCUGAUUUCGAGCACAUCACCGCAGACACCCCCUCCCGGCCCCUGUCCUCUACCAGCAACCCCUUUAAGAGCUCCAAGUGUUCGGCCACCGGCAGUUCCCCGAACAACGUGAGCGAACUUUCCCUGGCUUCCCUCACGGAGAAGAUACAGAAGAUGGAGGAAAACCACCACAGCACCGCGGAGGAGCUGCAGGCCACUUUGCAAGAACUGUCAGACCAGCAGCAAAUGGUGCAGGAACUGACGGCCGAAAAUGAGAAACUCGUGGACGAGAAGACGAUUUUAGAAACGUCCUUCCAUCAGCAUCGGGAGAGGGCCGAGCAGCUCAGUCAGGAAAACGAGAAACUCCUAAAUCUCUUACAAGAGCGAGUGAAGAAUGAGGAGCCCAACACGCAAGAAGGAAAGCUCCUUGAGCUGGAGCAGAAGUGCGCAGAAAUUCUUGACCAGGGUCGCUUUGAAAGAGAGAAGUUGCUCAACAUUCAGCAGCAGCUGACCUGUAGCUUACGGAAGGUUGAGGAAGAAAACCAAGGCGCUUUAGAAAUGAUUAAACACCUGAAGGAAGAAAACGAAAAACUGAAUGGGUUUCUGGACCUGGAACGGCGUAACAACGGCGUAAUGGCCCAAAGUCUGGAAGAGUGUAAAGCCACGCUCGAAGGGCUGCAGAUGGAACAUGGGUCGAUGAAGGCUCAUUUGGAGAAUGAGAAGCAGAAAGCUACGGAGACCAGCCCCAUGGGGCACACGGCAGAGGGUCGUGAGGUUCAAGAAAUGCUGAGAGUCGCUCAAGCUGAGAAAGAUCAGCUGGAGCUGUCUUGCACCGAGCUCAAGCAAGAAUUAGUGAAGGCCCAUGGUGAAAUUAAACAUGUUUCGAGCCUCCUGGCCAAGGUGGAAAAGGAUUAUUCUUACUUGAAGGAGAUAUGUGAUCAUCAAGCAGAACAACUGAGCCGAACCAGCCUGAAACUGCAAGAGAAAGCGUCAGAGAGUGAUGCGGAGAUUAAAGACAUGAAGGAAACCAUAUUUGAAUUGGAAGAUCAGGUGGAACAGCAUCGGGCUGUCAAGUUACAUAACAACCAGCUCAUUAGUGAGCUAGAGAGCAACGUGAUGAAGCUGGAGGAACAGAAGUCAGACCUGGAAAGGCAGCUGAAGACUCUGACUAAGCAGAUAAAGGAGGAGACAGAGGAAUGGAGGCGGUUCCAGGCGGACCUGCAGACAGCGGUGGUGGUGGCCAACGACAUCAAGUGUGAGGCUCAGCAGGAGCUGCGUACCGUGAAGAGGAGGUUGCUGGAGGAGGAGGAGAAGAACGCCAGGCUGCAGAAGGAGCUGGGGGACAUGCAGAGCCACGGCAGACCUGUGAACGAAGAGUCAGAGCCGCCCGAGGUCGAGGCUCCCGGCCGGUGGCAUGGCGUCUACGUGAACAGAACGUCUCCAACACCUUCAGAAUCCACGACCACCGUUAAGUCCCUCAUCAAGUCAUUUGACUUGGGACGGCCAGGUGGAGCCGGACAGAAUAUUUCUGUCCAUAAAGCCCCCAGAAGUCCCCUGAGUGGGAUUCCCGUGAGGACCGCUCCCGCCGCUGCUGUCUCCCCAAUGCAGAGACAUUCAACCUACAGCAGCGUUCGGCCGGCCAGCAAAGGUGUGACUCAGCGUUUGGAUCUUCCAGACCUUCCCCUCUCAGAUCUCCUAAAGGGAAGGGGUGAGGACCUGAAACCGGACCCUUAUCUCCGGAAGAGUCCCUCCCUGGAGUCUCUGAGCAGACCCCCUUCUCUGGGCUUCGGGAACACGAGGCUGCUGAGCGCUUCCACCGGGGGCUUGAAACCACAGAGCAAACUCAGCGUGGAAAGAAGAGACCCGCUGGCUGCCUUGGCCCGGGAAUAUGGCGGCUCCAAGCGCAAUGCUCUCCUGAAAUGGUGCCAGAAGAAAACAGAAGGCUACGCGAACAUUGAUAUCACCAAUUUCAGCAGCAGCUGGAGUGACGGCUUGGCCUUCUGUGCUCUCCUUCAUACCUACCUGCCUGCCCACAUCCCAUAUCAGGAGCUGAACAGUCAGGAGAAGAAAAGGAAUCUCUUGUUGGCAUUUGAAGCAGCCGAAAGUGUAGGCAUCAAACCCAGCCUGGAGCUCAGUGAGAUGCUGUACACAGACCGGCCCGACUGGCAGAGCGUGAUGCAGUACGUGGCCCAGAUCUACAAGUACUUUGAGACGUAAAGCCCAAGGGCCCAAGAGACACCGCCCGCCCUGGCCUGCAGCUGGUCCUCGAAGCACCUGGUCACUUUCCACAGGCCCUGCUCCAUCCACCACCGCCCACAGCACUCCAUCCAGGGGGACCAACACGCAAACAAGAAACGGAACGGGGUUCUGCCCCAGAUCCGCUUUAAAUCCAGAUGCAUUUUGAGCGUCAGCUGGGGAAGCUUUGCUCCCCGCACUGGCCUCCGUCCUUCAGCCCAGGCUCCCUCCACGAGAACCCAGUAGGACAUCUCGGGUCACGCGGUGCAAUUUCACCCGUGAGCUGCCGAGAUCCACCACCAACAGCACUUCCAAAGCAGUCGUCUUUUCACUAAAAACCGGGGUUCCUGCCUUUAGAAAAACUCUGCCCUUGCCACCACCCACCCCCUCCAAAAAAGAAACACACAGCAAAACGCAAAAAGACAAACAUUUUGGUCUCGCGCCGCCUGGAAACCUACAAGCCCUGCUUUUUGGGGAAACGUGCUUGCGUGCUAGAUAACAGUUGUGACACCUAGAACUUGAUCACGCUUUUUAGAUCUCGCUGUCGCUGAUUGGAAUCUCUGGGUGGAGAAGAGGUGUGAGAAUACAAAGCAGCCCCUGGGUGGCUGGCUGCAGUGUCCCCCCGCAGGGUGGUCCGCAGACGGAGUGUGCAUCUGUGUGUCCGUGCUGAAAGGGAGACAUCAGCCACUGUCGCCCCCUCCCUUUGUGUGUCGUCGUCCCCCCCGCUUCAUUCCCAUUCCCCUUCGUGAAAGCCCACACACAUUCGGCCCGGUGCAGAACGUUCCUCACUUGCCCACCCAGGUCUUCGUGUGUUUGCACGCUCAGGCCGAAGAGGUGUGUAUGUCUGGGGAUCCUGGGCAGACAGCAAGUGUAAACACUAUUUCAACUCUGGACUUGGGUUUUAGUGCCCCAUCAGGCCCUUUGCAUUUGCAGGGCCGAAGCAAGCCCUGAGGGGGUGGGCAGAGAUGGCUCUACGUCUGCUCUCCUGUAAGGGCCGACAGCAGAGCUCCCGCCAGAACCGCCCCGGGGCGGGGAGAGGGGGCUCAGAAGUGCAAGUGGGCACCCCUGGCAGGUGUUCGUGGUGGGCACAUGGGUGCACGUUGCAUAGCCCAUGAAGGUGUGGCUCCCCUGGGCCGUCAGGUGACUCGUCAGCAGCAAAGGGCUGCGCUGUCCUCGGUCACUGGCAGUUACGGGAUGGCUGCUCGGUGGCCCCGGGCCCUGUCCCAGAAGAGGCAUGUGUUAGCCCCUCCCUCCAGACCACCUCGGGAGAGGCAGCUGCUGGGCUCUGCGGAGGGAUCAUCCCUCCUUCUCAAGGCGCCACCCAUCGCCUGCUGAGGGUUCUCCUUUGUGGCCCCAGGUCAGAACCUUCCAGGGAGCUGGUUCAAAGCACACACCCCUGGCCUGCUCCAUCCGUUGAAUCAGAGCAUCUGGAACAAUGGGAGCGGGGAUCUAGUCUGUAUAUUUUCAGAGUUCCCCUGACAACCCCUGAGAGGAGAGACCGCCUUUGAUCUCGCUCCCCAGGUUGGGGCCGUGAGCGCAGGUUGGGGCUGGGCAGUUUGGUAAAGCGCCCCCCCCCAUGGCUCCUUUGUUUUCACAUGGGAGUUAGAGGCAGUCUGAACAAAUUUAAUUUACUCCUUCCUGAUGCACAUAUCCAAAUGGAAAGUACUCCCGUUGUGUUGCUUCACGCAUCUGUCCUUUGUUGACAUAACUGAUGAGUUUUCAUUACCCCGGAGCUUCUGCCUUGCUCUCCAUUGCAGUGGGGGAAGGUAAUAUCCCGAGGAGUUGGGUUGAGCUGUCGGUCGAUGUGUUUAAUCUGGAAUUUACUGCAGGGUUUGUGUGGGAGAGGCAGUUGAGGUGCUUGGGAUACCUGGAGGGGGUGUUCAGCAUUAUUGACGCCGUUUUUAGUGAUUACUGUAAAUGAGUCAGGUGAUCCAGCUCUGGGCCAAGCAGUGUCUACGCAGUGGUGGCGGCGGUGGUGUUCUUUCCCCUCGCCCUACACUGAGCCUGCUCCCUUUAGGGGAAAAAGAAGGAAAGAAAUGUCCUAUAAAAGAAAGGUCAUGUGUGAUUUAUUUUUAUAACUCAAAGAAGCUCCUUGGGUACCAUUUUCUUUGCCAGUGGGCAUGCUUCUAGAAGGGGAAGCAUGUGUCCUGCUCAUAGAAACACAAGUGGUGUUAGGGGCCCGUCUGGCCCUGCCGGGUCCAGGGAGAGGGACCGAAGGUGGCUGGGCUGCAGGACCUGGCCUUCCAGCACUUAGGGGACCCGGCGGGGGGGAUGCUCCUCUGGCCCCGGGGCUGGGCCACAGGAUGGGGUUUUCAGAUCCAUUUUUAGCCAGAGCGCUCCAAGCACAAGGUGAACGUGGAAAAUUGAUCAAUUGAGGAAACAGGGUCGUGUCAGCCAAUUGUACCAUUUCUAGUUUUCUGUCCCGAGACUUGCAAUAUCCACUUUUGUUCUCACCUCCCUUCAGCCAGUAGUCAUUUAAAGUCGUGCGGUGGGUCUGCAGACUGCCCCCCCCCUUUUUUAAUGCAUUGUUCUUCUAGAAAAGAUAGAUGCAAAAUGCCAGACCCAAAAGAGUGGAGUUUUUUAAAGACCUAGAGAGACGUCCAUGGUUUUCAUCAUUGUGAGGUCUUCCAUGGACGGGGGCUCUGUUGGCUGAGGGUUAGCACCAUGGCCCUGCUCCCCGGGGUUCUCGUUCUGAGCAACCCGGCAAACACCCACUUCUCUUGUCCUGUGCCUUCUCACUUCAGAAAUGAGGUUAGUCUCUGGUUUUCGUUCUUCAUUCAGCUAUUGUUUUGGAGCUUUUGUUGAGACCAUCCGAAGCAUCCCAAAGCAAUUAGCCAUCUAGAGGUGACGAAUAUCUGCAGGGUUCUGUUCCCCCAGACGACACUGGCCAUUUCUCUGAAGCUCCUUCUCCCACUUCCCCAUGCGGGGGCGGAGGGCGGGUGUCUCACUGGCCUGUGGAAGGAGGGGACGCGGGCCCUUCUCUGCACACCCACUUGCCAAAUCUAGCUGCAGCUUCUCCCAUUCCCAAGCUUGCGUGCCAUUUUGAGAUGAGCCCCCGAGGACGCGCAGUAAGAGACAUAGAGCCUAACUACCUUUUUAAAAAAGUAUUUUUAAUAUCUCCUUUGCCCACGUUCCCUGGGUGUUUCACUUUUCUUGACCCAGGUUAGACUUUGGCUAAGACUGGAACAUCCUCCGUAGCUCCCUAAUUUUAACUACAUUAGUUGGAUGCAGUUGAUACAUCUGUGGCCUCGUUUCUACAAAGAGCACACCCAGGACGUGACAUGCCAACAUGGAUGUAUUUAACUAUUAACAUGGAAGUGUAUGCUGUAUGACUGUGUAAUAUUUCUAAUAAAUAUAUUUUGUUUCGGU